AUGCACGCCCUCACUAUCUUCAUUGCAACCCUGGGCCUCGCCUCCGCAUCCCCCAUCUCGCACCUCUUCUCCCUGCGCUCCCCCCCUCCUCGCAACAUCGUCGCCUCCGUAGACCGCUACGCCGGCGCCAGCUGCACGGGAAAUAUUUGCAACAUAGCCGGGUCGGGGGAUUUGGUGCCUGGAUGCAACGCCAUUACCGAUGAGUGCGUUGCAAGUCUUAGGUUGAAUUAUGCUAAUAAGGGGUGUUCUGUCAAGGUUUUUGCAGACCACGCGUGUAAGCAGGAGACUGGCGCGGUGGGGUUGCAGACGGCGGGUGUGUGUAGUGCGCUUGCUGGCAGCACGCCGUUUAAGAGUAUUUAUGUUACGUGCUAG